UCUUCGGACGACAACAACCGAAAGCAUCUUCAACACGCCCACAUAACAAUGGAUUUCCUCAACAAGGCGAAGGACGCGGUGGAGGCCGAAGCCGGCAAGGUAAGCAAGGACGUUCAGGGCCAGGUCGAGGAACAGAUCUCGGCGGCCAUGAGCUCGAUGGGCGUGAAGCAGGGGGGCGACGAAGGCGCUCCUGCGGCGGCGGCGGCGGCGGCUCCCGCUGCCGGCAAGCAUGGCGGCGGAGGCGGCCACGGCGGGGGCGGCGCACGGCGGCGGUGGUGGCGGCAAGGGCGGCAAGAACCGUGGGCACAGGGCGAAGGACAUCCCGGAUGAAGAGUUCGACGCGGAGAUCGCUGGCGGCAUCAGGGCCGACGUUAGGAUGUUCUCCGGGUGCGAGGACGUCCAGACCUCCGCCGACGUCCACGACGUGGCCAAGUUCGGCCUGCCCGAUGCCACCGGCGCCGGGGGUGCCUGCACCAACGCCGUCCUCGCCAACGUGAAAGACUCCAAGCCCGACUCGUGGAUGAGCUUGCUCAAGGGAAUGCGCUCCACCCUCAAGGAGAAGAAGUUCAAGCAGAUCCCCCAGCUGGCCACCUCAAAAAAGAUGGACAUCCACUCGCCCUUCGACUUGUCUGGGGGUGAUGAAUCAGGCAACCACAAGGCCCUCCUGAUCGGCAUCAACUACACGGGCGGAAAGGGAGAGCUCAAGGGCUGCCACAACGACGUCAAGCAGAUGAGGGAGUACAUCACCACCCACGGAUACCCCGCCGACGGCGCAAACCUCAAGAUCGUGUCCGAUGACGGAGAGCACGAGGAACCCACAAAGGAGAACAUCCUCAAGGCCAUCAAGUGGCUCGUUCACGGCGCCAAGGCCGGGGACUCGCUCUUCAUGCACUAUUCGGGCCAUGGGGGCUCCGUGAAGGACACCACCGGCGACGAGGAGGACAGCAAGGACGAGACCAUGAUCCCCGUCGACUACAUGAAGUCGGGACAGAUCAAGGACGACGAGAUCCUCAAGGAGCUGGUCUUACCCCUCCCCGAAGGCGUCGUUCUCUCCGUGGUCAUGGACUGCUGCCACAGCGGCUCCAUCCUUGACCUGCCCUACACGUUCGACGCCAAGGACGACGCCCUCGAGUUGGUAGAGGCCGGGGGCUCCGGCGUCAUGCAAAAGAAGAAGAACUUCAACGUCAAGAAGAUGCACAAGGCGCAGGGCAAGCACUAAGCCUGCAUUCCGCCUGCCCACCGUACAAUGCGCGCCGAUUGGGCGCUACAGUACCGUAGUGGCCAUACGCCCGUGUGUGUCUCGCGCUUAUCUUCGACGAUGGAUAGAGCAAACCGGGAUUUUCUCGGUUUUCAUGAGUCGUUUCGCCACGUUGUCACCUGUUAAUGGUCCAUCGUCCUUGUUUAAGAAAGUAGAGGUUAGUUUUUAAUCGUUUUACAAAUGAAAUGCAUGUGUAGAUCUGUAGCUGGGCGUUUGUCGUUCGGAGACUGGUGAGUUGAAGGCCUCGAUCGCUUACUUUCUAGCAGCAGCGUGUUUGACCCUUGGUUUAACGCAUGCUUGAAAAUGUCCCUCUUCUCGAAAGGGGGAUACGAAGAGAACCUCACCUUGGGGGGGGGGGGCACCGCUGGCUCACGGAAAUGGGAGACACAAAGUUGUCGAGCGCGCUGCUGCUCUCUGUUACUUUUUGGAAGAGCGCUACACACAUUCCGAAAACUUUUUUUAAAUGAGAAGACGGCGCCAUGAUGAGCGGCAAGCAAAGAGAUAACAUGACUGCUCCCCCCGACAUAUUGUGUCGGCGUUGGUUUGGAUGUUCUGCUUGCUAUGGGUAGGUUUUGUUUCAAGCUAUUGGCCAAUCACGUGCGAGAAAUCCAUGGAUACCUUGGAGUGCAUUUUUUUAUUGGUAUCGACGUCCUUUCCCCGUUCUUGGCGAUCGAUGUGUUGAUUUUUUUUUUUUAUCUCGGCGUGUUCCAAGAAAAAUGAACGAUAGUGCAGAGACCUUGGACAAAACGUCCAGCCGCUUUUUGGACGGGCAUUUCGGAUUUGUUCGCCCGCCAUGAGGACAACAUACUUUUGGCGGCUGCCGUCCGUUUCGUUGGAUUGCCGAUGGCGGUACAUCUUCAUGUUAGACGGUAGGUUCUCGCUCAGUUGCUGACCGCCCAUGACAGCAAGGGGAAACCCAUAGAUUGUGGUAUUGUAGACUCACACGAUGUGACGUGUUGCACAAACCAGCACGAAACGAAACACGGUAACGAUACCAAUUUCUUUUGAUGCAUUUGAUGCUACAGUCAAGCAUCUUUCGAAACGACCAACAGUUUCUUCUUUUGUGAAACGACUCUUAUGAGUAAAGGUGGCGC